AUGGAAAUCAGUGGUUUGAUAACGAAAUGUGAGGAAAAAUACGCAUACGCUCUGACCGAGAAAGGAAGCGUUUUUAUACCCACAGCGGCGGCGAGACUCGAUAAAGGAGUGACUCUUACGGAUUUACGGACUGUUUUUAGAAACAACGAGCCAGUGCUUCUCCGGGUCCAAAAACAAGUCGAAAAGAAGAAUGGGUGCCGAUACAUAGCCACGUCGGUGAGAAAGACGGCGCCGUCGCAAGUGUUGUCAGAUGAGGUGCACGGACCUGUUGAAGUCACCGUAACCAGCUCCGAAGAGACCUACGCGUUCGGCGUCAACGAGAUAUACGGUACAAUUUUCAUGCCCGGCGACGCUUUCGACCCGAAUGUCGUGAAAAACGUCCGGAGAUACUGUAAGGAGAAGGACAUCCUGAUUGUGACGUUCAAAGAGCAAAUCGAGCUGAAAAAGUGUCAUUGGGUGGCGAUUUCGGCGGUGAAACAGUUCAAACCGCUCAUUGGAGAGGAUUUGGGGAUUUUGGAGGCACAAGGGAGUAGUUCUAGUCGGAAUGUGGUGGAAACUAGGCCAAAACCCCCACAAGCUCCCGGACGACUGGAAAUAUUCUAUGGCGCCGUGACACUUGUGGAACCGUGUGAAGUCACUGUGGCGGCUGAACGACAUCCGGAGCCUGUUUUAUGUCAUAUGCUCACCUACACUGGCGGCUAUAAGGACAAUGACUACGGUGCGACGACACUACACGAUUUGGUGCAGCUGAAUGACUAUGUCAUGUAUAGUGCAGUCAAACAACACGGACACUGGCGAGCCGUCGAGUGGAAAUUGAUUGAUUCGGAGGAGAAGGCGAGGAUUACGGUACCGCGGCCGACGAGCGAUUCCGCUGUGCAGACGUUCUGUCUCCUGAAACGUGUUCUCCAUGGUAAUGAUGCUCUACAAGUCAAAUACGCCGGACUUUUGCCGAAAUUGCCGCCCAGCGCCCUGCCGGAUGACUAUAUUGUGACGAAAAACGACCCGAAAUUCAAUUCGCGUGAAUUUUAG